AUGUUUCUUUCAUGUGCACUAUCUGUUUCGAUUGCGUUACCCGAGGAAGCGAAACUGCAGAAGAGACAGCGCUCUCUGAAAAUAGAUCAAACGACUCAUAAACAACAACAAAAAGAACAACAAUCACGCCGCUUGACAAACCAAGAACUGGUUUACUUUCCACAGCCAGAACUUGAUUGGAUGGUUCGUCUCGACGAAAGAAUGGAUUUUGGCAAUGGUGUCGUGACAAGCCCUUUUGAAGACAGCAUUGUAUAUGUCACAACAUACAGCGGCACUUUGAUCGCAUUGAGUUCCAAGGACGGUGAUAUUAUAGCAACUGUGAAUCCAACACCGAUAUCACGCGUAAUCGAAGACGGCAAAGCCCAACAGUGGUUAAUACACUGUACGUCGGGCAUUUCAUUUGCAACUACACGGUCUGGCAACAACUUUCUGGUUUAUUCUAUCGUCGACGAACCCCCAGAUUUGCCUGGUAUAGAUUUCAAGCCAAAAGCCCGUGUGGUUGCUGUAUCAAUACCAUCACACAAAAUCAUGUGGACAUCUAUUGAGUUACCCGGAAUACCAAGCGGAACACCACUUGUCUAUGGGGAUCAACUUCGAUCCGCAACAUCCAUGUACAUCGUUUUGAUUCACAAUAGCAGAGUCUCGGGAAUUCGUAAUACGACAACACACACUGGCCACAUAACACUACUAAAUCCGUCGAAAGGCACAGUGAUAUGGGAAGAGGCAGAAUGGUUACUGGAUGAUUCCCCCAAGGGAUACGCGCCGCCUUCAAUGGCAUCAAACCCAUUACGUGGAAUGUAUGCAGGAGGAAAGGAUAACACAAAUGGAAUCGUGAUAUGGGCAAGUAACGAUGCAGAUGGGCGAGGUACAGUGGGGAACACAUACAUAUUUCAGCUACCGAGUGAUUUUGAGGAAGAACCUCUCUAUCUAAAUUCCCUUCAAACCAAGGUCUUGAAGAGUGUUAGUUGGAAUGCUAUGGCCAAGCCUGCAAUCAGCAAAAAUGGGAAAAAGAUGUUUUUUGGAGUCACUGGAAAUCAAUUAAGGGGUUGGAUCGGGGAUUCUCGUUUCGACCAAACUGCAGACUGGUCCUCACAACUCUUCAAGGAUAAUCUUGACCCCAAAGCCCCCAUACCCUCAAAUCCUAUUCUAUCCAUGGAUGAGAAUCGACUAUUCGUCUCCUCUUCGUCUUAUGACCUGGCUUGCAUCAACACUCGCAACGGGAAAGCAAACUGGGCAGUUUCUGGUACAUCUGCGUUCUUGUCCGAGGCUAGGAUAUCAGCAGAUGAUAAAAGGCUAUACGUGGUGCAAUCAGCAGACGGUAGAAUCUUUUGCCUCGAUCAAAUCACCGGUGACUAUCUUUGGCAAGGAAGCUGUGACCAGUUCGAAGAAGACUGCUCCAAUUCUGUGCGUUCAGACUUUGAUCUUUCUUCGUCCGGCCAAUUCUUGUACUUUGCUGAUGUCAAGGGUCGCUUGAUAUCAUUGAAACUCGGCGAAAUGGAAGAGGUAGUUGAACCUAUGGCAGCACCUAUUUGGUCUGGCCCAUUUUUGCCUACAAGCAAUGUUGACUGGAAUAGCAAUCCCACAGAAGAAGAGGUGACGAAUGGAUCGAUCCCUGGAGGAACAAUUGCACUUCUUGUACUUACAACAAUUUUUGCAAUCUCGUCGACGGUGUAUAUUGUAAUGGUUCGUCGAAGAAAAUAUCCAGAACCCCCAACUCUCGAUUCGUUUCGUGAUGAACACAAUUAUGGCUCCGAUCCUUACGAAGAUUCCUUAAUAAUACAGCACUCUUCAAAAUCGGUACAUGCAGAUGUUGGUCCAUCAGAAACAGUGCACGUCUCAGACGGUUUCAUCUCCUUGUCCCGGUCCUUUGAAUCCGACGAAUCUUCGAUUGAGGGACCCUACUUUCAUCCAGCUGAUCGGAUAUCUGUCUUGAUGGGAACAGCAAACAGAAUUGCUCCACUGAAAGAAGACUUUUCCUAUGGUGCAAGUGUUCUAGUAUAG